GCAAUUUGAGGUUCUCACAGUCUUCGUGUUCGUUCGUCUUCGUCUCUAAGUUCUCUUUUCUUUUUUAAACUUCUCUUUCCCUUUCAAUUCCUUUUCUCUUUUCAAAUCUCAGAUCUCUUUGUUAAUUCUUACUUACAAAAAUGUUCUCCAUCGCCGGAUCUUCGGUUUCCAUGCCUUCUCUAUCCGCUUCACUCAAUCGAAGCCAGGUGACUAGCGGCCGAAUCUCAGGUUUGAAAUUAGUUCCCGCGCCUUUAGGCAAGGCCAUUUUUCCCUUGCGAAGGAACUACAGGCUGGGAAGCCUUCAGGUUUGCUGUGCGGCGAAACCAGAGACAGUGGACAAGGUGGUUGAAAUUGUGAGGAAACAGCUUGCUUUAGCUGAAGAUUCUAAGGUCAAUGGAGAAUCUAAGUUUACUGACCUCGGUGCUGAUUCUCUUGAUACGGUCGAGAUAGUGAUGGGACUGGAAGAGGAAUUUAAGAUCAGCGUUGAGGAAGAGAGUGCCCAAAGCAUCACUACCGUCCAGGAGGCUGCCGACCUCAUUGAGGACCUCAUUUCUAAGGAUUCUGCCUAAUGAAAAAUCAUUUUACAUUAUUCCUAUUUUAGAUCUCUCUCUCUCUCUCUGGAUUUUGCUUUAGCUGCUUCCACAUUCUUCAUCUCUCCUUUUUCUUUUUUCCUUUUCAACCUCCCCCCCCCCCCCCCCCCCCCUCUCUAUAUCUACAAACGUUCUCUGCGUGCUUCCUCGUUCACACUUUUAAACUUGUCAGAAUUUUGUUUCUCUCUUCUUUUUUUCUUUUUUGGUCGUUAUUUAUUUUCCUUGAUCA